AUGGGAAAGUUUAAAAGAUGGCAAUCUGAGGAGAUUGCCAAGCUGAAGGAAAUUUGUAGUCGUCAGGAACAUGUUGACACACGUGGAAAGAACAAUCCAUUCUGGGAGAGUGUCGCCGAUGAAAUGGAAGGAUACGGAUUCGAUCGUCAAGCAAAUGCCAUUUAUGUUAAAUGGAUGCGUCUGAUUCAACCACCUAAAACGAAAUCUUCGAAGAAAGGCCCAUCUACUCCUUGGGACUCGAGUGACACUGAGGACGAAGAAAGAGACGAAGAGGAAUUUGAAUACUAUUAUGGAGAGACUGACACUAAAAGUGAACUUUUGUUCCAACUUGAGUCCGGAGAGGAUGCUUCCAAACCUUGGGCGACAGGAAGCAAUUGGUCAGAUGAAGAGAGUGAUAUUGCAUACCAAUGCAUCAAAAGUCAACGAGACAAAGAGAAAGAACUCAAAUUGGAACCCAUCACGGCGGAUCAAAUUUGGCAUAUUGUGGCAAAGGCUUUAGAACAACAUCAGAUCUACCGAAAAAUUCAAAACAUUUACCACUACUGGAAGAAUAAGGGGAGAGAAAAGUACAACUUCGACGAAAGAACUCCAGAUAUGAUUGAGAAAUCAUCGCGUGGCACAGUUCGAGUGCGUGGAGGGAAGUCUGCACAAAAUUCUCCGGGGCACGCAGCGCGUCAAACUGAACCUAGGCAUACAAUUCCUCAAUCCUCAACCGAAGAAUAUUUCCAGAAUAACACGAGGGCUGAGACGGCUAUGGGAGAUGCACAAAUCCAGGUUUCAUCUUGGCAGCAUGAUCUUCUGAUGAUUCAGUUUAGAAAAUACAAUGGCCUAGACAACCCCGUGAUGAAUAAGUUGGAAGAGGAUACAGGUUUGAGCAGAGAGCAGAUCAAGUUGUGGUAUAGAAAUCAGAGAGCUAUAGAUGCGAAAGAAGCAGAUGUUCAAAGAGAGGUCAAGCUACAGACCGAAAAAGAACUACCUACUCCCAUUCUCGAUGGACCAGAGUUUCAAAGUAUGGAAUUGAAGCGAUAUCGCGUGUCAGACAUUGGUUAUCAUCUUCAAGAAGAGGAAACCCCAGCCAAAAGAGUUCGCCACAGCCUGGGCCCGGAGAUUUUGGUAAAUAAUCAUGGGGGAAUUCUGGUAGACUCGAGAUCUCAGGACAAACCCGAGAGUUUUGGUCGCCGCUCAAUUAUACCAGAACCCAAUGAACCUUCAGCGAAUGACGUUACAAUAUCAACUAUCGAAGUCCAACAACCUUUUCUCAAACCUAUAACACAAAGAAACAUUCCGGAGAGUACAUCUGAUGUGACCACCGUUAUGAAAGCAAAUCGGGAAUUGGAACAGCAAAAGGUACACGCGGCUGAGGAGGAAUACAAACAAUUGGAACUCGCUAUAGUUGCCCACAAGGAAAGAGCAGGUCUGGAGCUUAAGGCUGCAGAUGUAAAAGAACGUGAGCUUACAGUCCAACGGGAAAUUCGCGAGAAAGCCAAAAAGCGUAUUGCGUUGAUCGAAAGCUUCCUCGACGACUACUAA